GUUUUUGUACCAUAGUUUUGUUUUUAAUUUAUUUUUUUGUCAGUUUUAAUUUAUUUAAACUGGAAUUUUUGGUUGUUUUUACACUAAACAUUCAUAUUAUCCAGAAUCUAAAACACACAAGAUUCCAUGAAUUUUCCUCAAUUACUUCCCAUAUUUAAUGUAAAUUAUUGAGUAAAAUAUUCUUAAUGUGUUUUAUAACAUAUUAUUACUGAUUUUUGAAUUUAUACACGAAUUUUAGGAUGGAAUAUGCAAUUAUUAGGAUUGUUCAACAACUCGUUCAAAAAGAGACACAUUAUAAAAAAUGUUCUUAAAAACUGUAAAUUGUUGGAUGGGAAUUCAUUUAAACCUAGUUCAUUGGUUUUAAAAAGGGCAAAUAAUUUAAUUAAAUAUGGAAGAAGUAAAACGGUAAAGUCAAACUCACAUAAAAAUACCUUACAAAAUGUCAAUAAUACUAAUAUUACAGUUGGUUCUGAUAAUAGUGCAAGCAAUAGUAGAGGUUUUUUGUCAAGAUAUUUGGAAAGUUUGAAGUGCAAUGUGACUGUUUGGGGGUCAUCAGUAGUUGAAUUACAGGUUAAAUUAAACGAUUUAAGUUAUUUGAGAAGUAAAAAAUCGUUUUUAAGAAGGUUUAGAAGUGUAAAACUUCCCGUAAAUGGAUCAUUUGUUCUUCCAAAUGCAGUUCAACUGGCCUCAAUUAGGCCGCAAUUGACCGGCUCUGACUUGCUUAUUAACUCACCAAAAGGUUCAGGCAAAACAUUUUUAUAUCUUCUUCCACACCUGGUACAUAGUUAUGUAUUCAAAAAUAAUGAAGUUGUGAAUGGAGUAGAACUCAGAAACCAAAGGAUGGUUGUACUGCUGCCCACCAUUGACCUGGUCGUCGAUGAAAGUAGAUCUGCCAACGGUUGUUUUAUUAGAUUUAAUAAAAGAGUUUCAACAUUACUGUAUAAAGAUUUAGUCCUGAAUAAUCUUUCACAUGCUUUGGAUUCUGAAAUUGUCUAUUCAACCCCCAAAAGUUUUCUAAAGUUACUUGUGAGAUUUCCAUCACUUGCCUCCAACUUCAGAUUCAUAGUAGUUGACGAAGCUGAGAGAAUGGUUAUUGGUGAGUUUGCUUACUUACUGGUUAGAAUAAGGGAUAUGCUCCAAUCGGAUGCCCAGUUUGUAUUUUUAUCGAAUUUCAGCAAUAAUUACUUGUUACACCAGUUCACUUCAAGGUUUUUGAAGCUGAAUUUUAAAAUCAUAUCAUUCCAAAAUGAAAAUGAUUCUAAAGGAGAUGAUAAUAACAAGUUGAGUGUCAUAACUAGACAUUUAUACGGCCCUAUAAGAAAUAUUGAUCAAUAUGAGGAAUUAUACAACUCUAUUAACUCGAGUAAUGCCACACACCUAAAUCCUAUAAAUUUGAAAGAAAACACUCAUGUGGAAGAAAAUGAUAAUUGUGCUAUAACCUUACCAGUUAAUAAUGAGUCUGGACCUGAAACAGUUAGUGAAAGUGGAGGGAUUGUUAGUGAUUUGGAAAAGAGGGUAAGAAGGAAUUUAGAUUUAAUAUUAACUAGGAACAGCGAUACUGAUUAUAAAAUAGACUUUGUAUUAUAUGACCCUAAAAUGUUCCUGAAUUCCUUAUUGAGUGAAUUGGACAUAAAUAAAAAGACUCUGGUAUACUUCCCUACAGUGAGGAUGUGUCAGUUCUGUUACGUUUACAUAAAACACUAUUUAAAAUUAUUCAAGAACAUUUCAAAUGUAAAUGGUAGUCCUAGUGAAAUCGAUUCACAGUUUGAAUUUUUUGAUUUCCAUAGUGGUUUGAGCCUAGAUAAGAGAAGGUAUGUUAUGGAUAUCUUCAAGUUAGCUGACAAGGGCAUUCUAUUCUGCACUAAUUUAUCAAUAGGACUUAAUUUCAAUCCAAAUAAAAUCAUACAAGUCUCUUUUUCAUUUAACCAAUUUGAAGUCCUGAACAAGUUUGCGUUUACCAAUAAUCUAGUUAAUGGUGGGAAAGAUGACAUUGAACGGGUGCUUUUAUUAAAUAAUUUGGAUGGGCAUAUUUUGCACGAGUAUUAUAAAAAUGGUAUUAAUGUUACUCUCAAGGGUUGUUUUCCAUCCUCCAACACUGAUUCUACUAUUAACACAGAGUUUGAAAAGGACAUAUAUUUAAUUAAUAGCUGUGAAUUAAUGUACAGGAGUUUACUUGGCUACUAUAGUGAGAAUUCAAAAAGACUAAAAAUUGAACCUUGGACAAUUCCAAGUUUUUUUAACGAGUUUAUUAAAUCUUUUGGUAUUUCUGAAACUUUCAAGGUCUCACCACAGUUUGCUGCAAGGACUCAGCUACUAAACUCACCAGGGUUAGAAGUUAGCAGGGCUUAUAACAAAAAGUCCAGCCUUAUCGCAGCUCUGAAAGCGUAUCCUGGUUUCAUCUCUAAAUCUCAACAAUGCCAACCAAUAUUUUAAUCUUAUUAACCUUAUUUAAU